AUGCAUAGUCAUGCUGAAUGUGUUCAACCGGACGACCGCGAUGCCCUUUCGAUUGCGAAUGGAGGAGGGGAAGUUGGCAAUACGUUUGAAAGUGUUGGGUCCGGAGAUCUUGGACUCGACGAUCUGCUGGAAGGAGCCAGGAGCGGAUCCAAAUGGUUGUUGAUUGCACUUGUAAGGUCCUCUAUUUGUGUUAAUGGCGAGGAGCUUUUUGACGUCGUCGUCGUCUUCGAAUUGAGAAUGGGCGCUCUCUCAAAACUUGACCAAGUUCGGACGCUAGCAUCUGCACUUUCUUUCAAACAGUACGGACCUAGUUUAUGUGGCUUCGCAGCUUUUUUCGCAAUCAUCAGAUGGUAUAGCAAGACAGCUAGAGCUUCGAAGUCGAAGGUUUUUGUGACGAAAAACGGCCAGCCGUCCAAGGAAAAGGCACAUGUUGACGGGGCAUUUAUGAGGAAACUAUGGCGUAUCAUCAAGAUUCUUAUUCCCGGACCGUUCUCUGUCGAAGUGCUUUACCUUCUUCUAAUAGCAGUAUCACUGCUUUGCAGAACUUGUGCCGAUGUCUAUAUGAUACUCAUAGCUACUAAAAUAGAAGCGUCAACUAUUUCACGAGAUCAACUCGGAUUUCUGAUGAAUGUGGUACAGUACGUUCUGUCGAUGCCGGCGAUUUCAGUGAUAAACGCGAUUCUCAAGUUCGGGUUGAGCGAGCUGAGGUUGAGGUUCCGAGAGCGGCUCACCAAGCACUUAUACGGGAAGUACCUGAAAGGCUUCACUUUCUACAAAAUGUCGAACCUUGACAAUCGGAUUCAAAAUCCCGAUCAACUCCUUACCCAAGAUGUGGACAAAUUCUGCGAAGGAGUAGUCGAGCUCUACUCAAAUCUCACUAAGCCAAUCGUCGACGUCCUUCUUUACGUAUCCCGGCUCGGCGGUGCUCUUGGAUGGGGAGCACCCCUGAUACUGUUCUCUUACCUACUGGGUUCCGGUGUUUUCCUUACCUAUCUCAGACGACCAAUUGGCCGACUUACAGUGCAGGAACAAACGUUGGAAGGUGAAUUCCGAUUUGUUAACUCUCGUGUGAUUAUGAACAGCGAAGAAAUCGCUUUCUAUCAGGGUAACAAUCGCGAGCGCACCACGGUGCUCGGCUCUUUCGGCAACCUUGUGAGUCACCUAAGGAAAGUGAUAUUGUUCAGGUUCUCCAUAGGUUUUGUGGACAAUAUUGUCGCAAAGUAUACUAGUACUGUUGUUGGAUGGUACGCAGUUAGCAGACCUUUCCAUGACCAAACGAAUGAACUUUUCAAUAGCUUCAGCAAGAAGCAGUUGAUUCAGGAAUACUACAACUCCGGCCGUAUGAUGUACAAACUGUCAGAAGCUCUUGGGCGACUGUCACUUGCUGGCCGAGAAAUGACUAGGUUAUCCGGAUUCACUGCAAGGGUGGACACGCUAUUAAAUGUCCUUACCGAUCUCGAAAACGGUUCAUAUGAACGCACGAUGGUAAAAGAUAAAAAUGAUACAGAGCAACUUAGUCUGUUGCACAGAGACCUAAGGGCUGGAGCAGGAGAGCUCGUCGUAGAGGACAAUGUUAUUCGUUUCGAGAACGUACCGCUUGUUACUCCUAACGGUGAUGUUCUCGUAGAUAGUCUCAAUCUCGAAGUACCAUCGGGGCGAAAUGUACUUGUAUGCGGUCCGAAUGGUUGUGGAAAGAGCUCCCUUUUCCGAGUUUUGGGAGAGCUUUGGCCUCUGUUCGGAGGAAGGCUAACCAAACCAGCGAAGGGAAAGCUGUUCUAUGUUCCCCAGCGACCGUACAUGACACUCGGAACGCUCAGAGAUCAAGUGAUCUACCCAGAUCGUGCUAUUGACAUGAUCAGGAAAGGUUACACGGACGACGACCUAGAGGAAAUGCUUUCCAAAGUGCAAUUGUCGCAUAUACUCUUUCGAGAGGGAGGCUGGGAUGCCGUUCAAGACUGGAUGGACGUGUUGUCCGGCGGGGAAAAACAGAGGAUUGCUAUGGCUCGAUUGUUCUAUCAUAAACCCCAGUUUGCCAUCCUCGACGAAUGCACUUCAGCGGUCAGCGUUGACGUCGAAGGGGCAAUGUAUAAGAUUUGCCGUGCAAUGGGCAUCACGCUCUUCACUGUAUCGCAUCGGAAGUCACUGUGGGUUCACCACGAGUAUUUUCUGCAUAUGGACGGCCGUGGAUCCUAUCAAUACGAGAAGAUCGACGAGAACACAUCGAUGUUUGGCUCAUGA